CUGCGGGCUUCGAGCCUCGGCCGGAGUCGCCGUGCGGCGGGACGGCGCCCGGCCCCGCUCUCGGUUCGCGCCGCGCUUCUCGUAGUGCGCCCUCGGCGCGAGGAACGGCCGCGAGUCGUGGCGCGGAGUCGCGACAGGCGCGCUGAGCACGGCGUAUCGGGAGCUGGGAGCAAACGCGACACCUGCGGCUGUCGCGCCGCGCGGCUGAGCGCGCGGAAGCCGAGUGGGGCCGGGGCGGCACGAAGCUGGGCGGCAUGCUCCGUACUGUGAGGGAGCGGCCGGAGCUCCGGAGCAGUGGGUGCCGGCCUGCGCCGCCGCUCCUCCUACGGCCCGCCCUCCUCCCGUGUGCCGGUCUUUAUUCGGGCGCUCGGCUCUAGGGGCCUGUCAUCCGUUUUGGCAGCUGGAGCCCGAUCUUUGAUUUGAUCUGUCAGUGGUUGCUGACGACACGUCGCCUGUGGGUCUUUUUUUCUGCCGUGCAGUACUGUAGAUUGGAUGCGUACCCUUCUAACGCAGUGUUUUUAUUUCAAGAGAGCCUUUAAUGCGGGGACGUGUCGGCCUCCGGGGGCCUCCUCGAACUCUGCGUGAAGUGAUGGAGUGAGGGCUGGUGCUGGCGUGGCACGUGUGCUAGUGGAUGGCCUUUUGGAACGAGCAGGGGGCUGGUUGUUACGUAACAGUGCGCUUCGGAGUGAAUUCUCUCUGGAACCAUCAAUUACUGAUGAAAAUACAGUGUGUUUUGAAGCGCCCUUCAUCGUUCAACUAAUAUUUGCCAAGAGACAGAAAGGGUUGUAUGUUUUUAAAACUUUCAAGCUACCUGGUAUAACAUCCUUAUAAUGCCAGCACGAACUUAAUAUGCCUGGAUUGCCACUGUUGCUCAGUGCUGGAACAUCCUGUCAGGUCCUCCGUGCCCAGUCUUCCUGGUUUCUUUGUCUGCCCAACGUGCUAUGGGACACGAUGGGAAACAGCCUCAAGGAAUAGGCUCACCCAGUGUCUACCACGCUGUGAUAGUGAUAUUUUUGGAGUUUUUUGCUUGGGGACUCCUGACAGCGCCCACUCUGGUGGUUUUGCACGAAACCUUCCCAAAACACACAUUUCUAAUGAAUGGUCUAAUUCAAGGAGUAAAGGGCUUAUUAUCAUUCCUCAGUGCCCCACUCAUAGGUGCCCUGUCUGACGUGUGGGGACGAAAGUCCUUCCUGCUGCUAACAGUGUUUUUCACCUGUGCACCAAUACCACUAAUGAAGAUCAGCCCAUGGUGGUACUUCGCUGUUAUAUCUGUCUCUGGAGUUUUUGCUGUGACGUUUUCUGUGGUUUUUGCGUAUGUAGCAGACAUAACCCAAGAACAUGAAAGAAGCAUGGCCUAUGGUUUGGUUUCAGCAACCUUUGCAGCAAGCUUAGUUACCAGCCCUGCCAUCGGUGCCUACCUUGGUCGGGUCUAUGGAGACAGCUUGGUUGUGGUCCUGGCCACGGCAAUAGCCUUGUUAGACAUUUGUUUUAUUCUUGUUGCUGUACCAGAGUCGCUGCCGGAGAAGAUGAGGCCGGCGUCCUGGGGAGCGCCCAUUUCCUGGGAACAGGCUGACCCUUUUGCAUCCUUGAAGAAGGUUGGCCAGGACUCAAUAGUGCUGCUAAUCUGCAUCACAGUCUUUCUUUCCUACCUCCCGGAGGCAGGUCAAUAUUCCAGCUUCUUCCUGUACCUCAGACAGAUAAUGGGAUUUUCAUCUGAAAGUGUUGCAGCAUUCAUAGCAGUCCUUGGAAUUCUUUCCAUUAUUGCACAGACAAUAGUUUUGAGUUUGCUCAUGCGGUCCAUUGGAAAUAAAAACACCAUCCUACUGGGUCUAGGAUUUCAAAUACUACAGCUUGCGUGGUACGGCUUUGGGUCCGAACCUUGGAUGAUGUGGGCAGCAGGAGCUGUUGCAGCCAUGUCCAGUAUUACUUUCCCAGCUGUAAGUGCACUGGUGUCACGAACUGCUGAUGCUGACCAACAAGGCGUUGUUCAAGGGAUGAUAACGGGAAUUAGAGGCUUAUGUAAUGGUUUGGGACCUGCACUUUAUGGCUUCAUAUUCUACAUAUUUCAUGUUGAACUGAAUGAACUCCCUAUGCCUGAAUCGCCAUCAGGAGGUACUGUCGUCACACAAUACCACUUACAACAGAAUUCUAUAAUUCCUGGACCCCCAUUCUUAUUUGGGGCAUGCUCUGUGCUGCUGGCACUGCUUGUUGCCUUGUUCAUUCCUGAACACACCAACCUCACUGUACGAUCCAGCAACUGGAAGAAACACUGUGGCAGUCAUGGCCAUCCCCACAGUCCACAAGCUCCUGGUGAAGCUAAAGAACCAUUACUACAAGACACAAAUGUAUGACAAAAAAAAAUCUAGAAGACUUUUUAGACAUUUUCCAUCAGCGGUUUGGGAUACACAUUCCACUUCCAUCAAAAA